AUGCUUGGGAUUCAAUCGUGGUACACAGCGUUGGCGAUUCCCACUGUCGCCAUUGGUGGGUUCGUGGCCACACGCAAGCGCUUAGCAUACCAGUGGAGAGAGGAACUAAUGGACCCGGAUGGCACCAUCUACCCUGCCACGACGGAUGCCGACAUGGAGUUCUUCCGCCGCGUCGCCCCGGCCAGCGCGGUGGCAGCUGCUGAAGCGAUCGCAGCACCGUUGCAGCAGCAACGAGCCAAGCUGCAACGUACAACUGUAGUCAGUGCAGAGACGACGGGGGCCCACGGCGUGUCUCUCACGGCAAAGGAAAACAUUGGUGCGUGCGUUCGCAGCAAUGUGCUGCCGCCAGAGAUACGGAACGUUUUACUUAACGAGGUUCAGCGCUGGUCGCGGACGCUUGGCAAUACCGUGGAUCCGCGCAAGAUCACCGCUAUUGAACGAUCGGCACAACUAGCGCUCGCGAAGGAGGCGGCGGAGAGUAGCGAAGGGAACACACGCACUGUGUCGAACUCUUUCGCAUCGUCGUCCACGUUGCUUGACUUUGGUUUCCUGACGCAUACGCGGAUUAUCGCCGACCAUGCUGAGGACAUUCAGCUCAUGAAGGCACCCUGGGGCUCGGGAGAUCAGAUUCGCCUCGCAGAAAUGCCGGCUUCGCUGCGCUACCUCGUUGAGCGCGCUCGGCAAACGUUCGAAGGGAUAGGGCGUUUGCGUCACGUCUACAUUGAGUACUCUCCGACAGGCCAGUUCUACCGGGCACCUCGACCGCCAAAGAUCUACGAUGGCCACGACUACGUUGUCAUCCCACUUCGACGUGACCACAGUGACACGGUCGUGACGAUGAGCCCGGUUCUCCGCUCACGGGUAAGUAAUGUACGCGAGGUUGUCCGACACUCGUGGACUAGUCGCGAUGUGGAUGCGCUACUGCCGAGCGGAUGUAUGCUGCGUGUGUACGGUACCGCACGCUACGAUUGGGGAUGGGGGAUUCGACCGGGGCCCACGUGGUUUGGGAGUCGGCUGAAUCCAGUCAAGCCUGCAAAGGCUUCUGAGUUAGACGUGGAGGGUAGAGCUGGACUGUGGUCCUGCUUGAAGCAAGCACUGCAGUCGUAUUUAGGGCUGCAAAAACCUUCUAUAGCCCUCUCCCCCCAGAGCUGUAGUGCGCCGACAGACGCAGCGCUGAUCGUGCUGCACUAUGAAGGACCGCGCUCUUCGACAAAGCAGCGCUCUCUCUUGCUGGAGCCGGAGAUCUGGAUCUUUGGCCGCGCGCCGUCCGUCGAGUCUUUCGACACGUGGACCGAAGACUGCCCCACCGCCGAGGCCGUGGGUGAGGAGGGCCUCUUAUGGUUUAUGACACGCAACUACUUCGACAUGCUCACGGUGAGCUAG